AACUUUUGACUGGCCAAUCAGAAUGUUGCGAUUGUGUUGGUACAGGAAAAACGAAAAGGGAAACAAUAUUUACGUAUAUAUUUAUAGCAAGACUACAAGCUGAAGAAGAGUUCAGUUUCAGCCCUUCUACUGCAAUUUGGAGUCCGAUUCAGGAAAGCGGCUGACUUGUGUGUAAGCGAGUUUGAAGUCCAUGUAGCCCGAGUAGACUGUGACGACGUGUUGUGUGACCAGUUAGCAAUGGAGAAGGACGGGGGAGCGUCACCGCACCAGAUUGAAGAUUCUGUUGAUUUGCCCGACGAACUCAAGUGAACCAAGUGACUGUUAAAAUGGUGUGACAGCUGCCGAAGUACACCCUUUAGAGAGCUUCACACAACCCCCUCCAACGAAGGAGCUGGAUUUCCUUCCACCUAAACAUGUCUGAGCUUAAACACCAUCAAGAUUUGGAAGAGGAGGAAUUCAGUCACCAAGAAGAACGAGACAUGACGUCCGACUGCACUGACCCUUACAUGAGCCUCAUCCAAAGUGCAGUUAGAGAGUCACUUUUCUGCCACAUCUGUGAAAAACAUUUCACCAACAGUCAAGAAUUGGAACAACAUGCUUGCUCUGAUAAAACAUUGAGUUCAAAUGUUAAUCAUUUGUGGGACGAGGAAAGAGAUCCUCUGGUUUCAACUGGAUCAGUCAUACAGCAAAAUGAGCCAGAGGUGCACAAGGAAAAAUUAUGUUUUUUCCUCAAAGACAAUUCUCAGAUUUUGGUCAAGGACGCAUCUGAGCUUCAAACACAACCUGGAAAGCAUGAAGAACCUGCAGAGCAGAAUAUGCUCAACAUCUCUAGCAACAUUUCAGAGGAUCUUACUUUUUACAUUGAUGGAAAAAUGGUGUCAACCAGUAACUGUGAAGUAUCUGAGGGUCACUGUGAGUCUUCAGCAGUAGUUGGACUUGAUGUUCUUACUGGAAAUCCAACCCAGAUCAGCAGUGAACCCAAAACUAGAACUGAACUGGAGUCUGAAAUUGCAUCAUCACCAUCAUCUUUUGUUUCUCCUUUAAUAGAAAACUCAUCUCUAAAUUCCGAGUCUACAGAGGAACAGAAACAAAGGGCAGGGUUACUGCCUCAUAACCGGAGUCAGGAAGGUCUGAACCCCUCUCUCACUGUCAUCACAGACGGCCAGAAGCCAUCCUCACCCGUCUCUUUCUCUGUCCUGCCGUCUGGAAGGUUUAAAAGAAGAACAAGUUCUCCAACAACCUUCCCAAAUACAGAUGAAUCAGUAGCGGUCCCAGAUGCUGGUGAUGUUGUUUCUGUAAAUACAGGACUGCAGGGUUCAUGUACUCAGCAUACCACGAGUGACAAUAUGAUUCCAUGUGUGGGAGAGCAGGCACCUAAACCGGUUUUGAUGGACACCAGGCCUUCUGUAACCGGCGGGAAUUCAUGCAACCAGCGCCCGCUGGACCUGUCGAACACCGUCAAAACAAAUGACUCCGCUGCUUUGGAUUUGAGUUUGCAGAAAAGCAUCCCCGGUGGAUCCGAACUGGCGUUACAUUUAGGUAAAAAGGCUGUAAAGGAAACUGGAAAAGGAGGUCUGGAACCUCCGAUGAUCACUUUAGUAACGGCUUCAGACAUUGUGACCCCAGUGGAGCCUGUUCCUGAAGGCCUCGUUUACGGGCUCACCCUGUCCCCGCCUUCCCUAGCUCCGCCCUCCGCCUCCCUCGCUCCCAUUGCUUUGGAGUCGGCUUCACCGUGCACAAUAGCGUUUGCUUCCCCGGUCGCUCACGCUAUGCUUCCCACCGCGCCCUCCUUAAUCACAGUUUUAGCCCCUCCACCUGUUUCCAACCAGCCAAUUCAGGUGAUGGCCCCCAACAUAUCCCCCGAGCCCAUGGUGAUCUGCACAGAAAACCCGUUAAACUCCCCGUGUGACUUAGCUGCUGCAUUUGCCACAACAAACUCUGCAAACAUCGUUACUCUUUCACAACCCCUCAAUCCUGCUCUUCACCUACCCGGCCAUGUGCUUCUCGACUCCUCCCCGGUGUCAGAGGUGCCCCUCGCUCCCUCCGUCAAUUUAACCGACUCCUUGUUUAGUUCAUACAACAUUGCCAGCAACGCAGUGUUGAUCGAGUGCACGAUAGCUCUCGAUGGUCCGAGGGCUGUCGUUCCUGCUGCGGUUAACCCCCAAGAGAAGGCCGCGGACUUUCCCAUUCCAACACAGUUGGUUGUAAAUCAAAUGAAACUGCCCAACCUUGAAACUGUCGACCCCAGCAUUCCCGUGUCCUCCACUGCAGAAUCUUUACCUCUGUCUGCUGACACAGAGGCGACGUCUGGGACUUCUAUUGUCAGAGACUCCAGCUCUGAUGCAGAACCUGAUGCUAACCCGGAGUCACCUGCUGGAAAAGAUGAGGACGCCGCUGACGAAUCUGUUGCCGUGUCAGAAAAUGCCCCGGAAAUUGCUUCUUCUCCGGCAGAAAAAGCUGCAGAACCAUCUCAUAAUACAACAGAUGUGCAAGAAGAGCAGACCUUUACAAAGAACUUCAUCUGUAAUGUGUGCGAUAAGCUUUUCCAUUCAAUGAAAGAACUAGGCCAUCAUGUGGGUGACCAUGCUGAUGAAUGGCCUUACAAAUGUGAGUUCUGCGUGCUGCUCUUUGGCAAACCCUCCGCUCUGCUCGACCAUCGAUCAAGCCUCCACGGCGUCGGAAAGACUUACGUCUGCAGCGCUUGCACUAAAGAAUUCGUCUACCUUUGCAAUCUUAAACAGCAUCAAGAAGAAUUGCAUCCCGGUCAGUCGUGUACGUACACUGAAGAUGAAAAGGGAAAACUUAGACCUCAAAACUACAACAACUCCACUAAAGUCAACACAGAUCCUCUGGCGGCCAAGUCUCUACAGGAGCCCAGCGACGUGGUGAAAAAGGAAAAAAGUGAAGUGGAUGUGGCUGCUGAAGAGCUUUUUACAACCAUUAAGAUAAUGGCUUCAGAUGGUGGCAAAGUCAAAGGGCCCGAUGUCCGACUUGGCAUUUACCAGCAUUAUCCCAGCUUCAAGCCGCCUCCUUUUCCUUAUCACAACAGAUCACCUGCUGGUUCAGUCGCUUCUGCCACAAACUUCACAACCCACAACAUCCCACAGACUUUCACUACGGCUAUCAGGUGCACCAAAUGCGGCAAAAGCUUUGACAACAUGCCAGAACUACACAACCACAUCUUGGCAUGCGCAAAUGCUAGCGACAAAAGGCGAUACACGCCGAGGAAAAACCCCGUCCCUUUACGACACUUUUCAAAAUCUCAGAAUGGGGUCCUUUGGAUUUCCUCCAACGGAUUAAAGGCUUCAAUUAGAGUUAGUCCGGCAAGCAGGUCUAAACCCGGUCAAGAAGCGCCGGUAAAGUUAAGAAUACUGAGCAAAAAGAAGAAAAAGUUGGUGCAAAGAGUGAUGCCGCAGAGGAACAAGUCUGUCUCCUCUUCAAACAAAGCGUCUUCUCCACAGGUGGAGAGCCAGCAGGAGGUCUUUGUCUGUCCUCACUGUAGCAGGGAGUUCACAAUGCGGCGCAGUCGAACCAAACACAUGGCGGUCUGCCCCAAGAAACCCGCAGAGGUGACAAAAAGGAAAGAAGGAGGAAUCUCCGUCACAAAGGAGAAUGAUCAUCUUCAUCGAGGAGUCUCUCGUGUGAAUGACAAACAGUCGUCACCGCCACAUAAAACCAGACACCAAACCUCUGGCUCUGCAAAGAGGCACGCCAUCCUACCGGUACAAGCUGUCUUCCCAAGCAAAAGAAGUAAAAUCAGCAUAAAAGAGCUCGCCGAGCCAAAGCAGGAGUCGCCCACGCUGACAGAAAUCCCAAUUCGCACUUUCAACCCUUCCAUGCGGCAGUACAGCAGAAUGCAGCAGAACGUCCGAGUACCCGUUAAGAUCUCAGUGGUGAGGCCUCAACAGACUGUACAGGAGAGAGACGCUCCAACUCCAAGCAAAGAGGAAGCAGGCAGAGCCGUUACCAGGCUCUCCGAGCAGAGCACGUCAGUGUGAGGACAUCUGAGAUCAGCAGGAUUCUGUUGCAUCGACUCGUCUCGGUGUUCUUCACGGGGAGACGCUGGUCAUUGCACUGUAAACCCAUCAGACUGCACUGUACUUUGAAUUACUUUUCCAACAGCUGCAACAGAAGGGUAUGAUAGUGGAGCGCAUGUACAUAUACGAACGCCCAUUUCCGUUUGCUUUGACACUUUAGCUCCACUAAUAGAGGGAGACGAUGCCAAGUGGCAAUCAUCUUCAGCAAUGCGUUUGCACUCCUGGAAUUUUUGGUUCAACCCUCACAGCAUGCCAUCUGUGCGUUCCUAUUAUAGCUCGUGGAUCACAUCGACGCGGUCCUCAGUAAUUAUGAAGCUUUUUCUCAGGUAGAAAGCGGUCGGUGUAGUUACAUGGAUCAUGUGAGGAAGUGUACAGAAGGGUUUUUGGACAGGUGAACCCCGCAUCAUGCUCUAUGUGAAAAGUCUCGUCAAGCAUGUCAUUAUUCUAAUUAGAAAUUUAAGUUUUUCAGAGCUUGUGAAUGUAAGAUAUAAUUGGGAAAAAAGUGUAUGAUAUUUGACCCUGCUGCUACUGUAUUUACUGUAUAAUAAUUUGAGAAUUGUGCUUUCUAUGUGCCAACAAAGUGACCAAAUAUGGCAUUAAAGUUGUGAAAAUGUAACUUUUUGUGUUUCCCAGAUGAAGGAUUUAACUUUUGGCAAAUUUGAUUUCAACCUGUUCAUUCAAACCUUGUUGGUUUGAUAGUAAAUUUACCAAAUUUUGGGAGUUGCACACUUUAUUUUUUCUGACAUUUGGGAAACUGCUUGUUUUUUUUUUUGACGUAUUUGCACUGCAGUUGACAUUUGUACUUUGCUCAAAGUCUGUACAGCUCCGUUCUUUGCUUUCCAUCAGAAAUCUUUACAUAUCUCUCACAAUUAUGUUUGUUUUCUCCCUCUUUGCACCUUUCCCUGCAAAAAUGCUGAUUGUUUUCUGCUCCCCUCACUGUACAGUCUGAGCGUCUUCUUGAUCUGUAACAUUCAUGCUCUUCAUCUUUGCACUUAUGUCUAGAAGUCGACAACAGUUGUAGUGGGAUGUGUAGAGGAUGAGACGUUUCGGUUGCAGCAUGUGCAAUGUUUGUCAGAAAUUACACAUUUUAUUUAAAUAUUCUAUAAGUUUGAAGAACUUUUUGUUUAAACUCUUAAUUUGAUGAUACUGAAACUUGCUAACGGUACCUGGAAGAAUAUUUAUUAAAUUGAGUUUGUUUUUGCAGCCCUGCUGGUAAUUUUUCUGAAUUUCAGACUGCAACCUGUUUGGAUGUUUCGGGAGACUGUUAUGAAACUGUGAAAAGGGCUUGUAGCAUUUCGGAAAUGACUUAUUUAUUAAUAAUUUAAAAUUGAUUGAUCUGUCUUUGAUUCCUCUAUGAUUUGCACUAGAGCCUUUUUUAAGCAAGUGUUCAAAAAAAUAAAGAGAGAGAAUGUUAAACGUGUGUGAUUGUGAAGCUUUCUUUGAGAUGAUGUGAUGUUGUGUAAUUAAUGGUGGUUUGUUAGUUAUUGUUCUAUUACAAAUGCAUGUUGUGUGUAUUCUAGACUUCAUAAAGUUCAUUUAGUGGCCAGAUGGUGGCA